AUCCUAGAAGUGGAUCUUUUAAAACACACUUUUCAAGUUCCGCGUGGAUAUUGGAAUUAUUGUUUUUUCAUUCGGAGUAUCAGGGCUAGGAGGUUGUAUAUUAGAGAAGUCUAACGCUUUGAUAGUAUGCUAAUUGCUAAGUUACCCGUAUUUCCCAAAUCUUCAAGCGUUAGUAGACGGACUUGAUUGGACAUGUAUCUUUAACAUGUUUUCCUUGGAAGAAAAAAAAGAUUUUUAUUUAUUUAUUUUAGUGUUGCUUUGCUUUGCUUGGUUUUUGUAAAUGUUAGAAGGAAGUGUACAUGAACUUCUAUGCAUCUUUCUGCAUUUACGUUGGUGUUUUUCUACAUAUAUGAAAAUUUUGUAUGAAGUCGAGAAAAGGCGAUGUGGACAUAGGUUAACUGGGGCAGAGAGGGUUGAUUAUUCAGAAAAGAGUUUGAAAGGAGCUGACUAUGUUCUCAUUCCUGCGCCAGAAAGAGAGAGGAGGGGAAGUCUUAGGGGUCCAGGGUCUAGGAAAGGGAGAAAACACUCGGAGGAUGAGGAGAUCUGUAUAAAAGAAAGUUCCAUUCCUGAGGUUUACACUGAAGAGCAUGGACGGCUUUUAGGUGAUUGUAAGAUGGUCUGGAUACUGGAUGUUGAUGGGUAUGAUGAAGAUGGGCACCGUAUAUAUGAUCAAUAUGAGGGGAAGCAUUGCCAUCAAUGCAGGCAGGCAACUGUUGGUCGACAUACUAUGUGCAGCAAGUGCAAGACAGUGGAAGGGCAGUUAUGUGGGGAUUGCUUGUUUACUAGAUAUGGUGAAAAUGUUGUUGAAGCAAAUGAGAAUUCGAGCUGGACGUGCCCUGUUUGUCGGGGAAUUUGCAAUUGUAGUCGAUGCCGCCGAGCAAAAGGAUGGGUGCCUACUGGUGACAUAUAUUGGAAGGUCAAAAAGCAGGGGUUCAAGUCUGUGGCACAUUAUCUCAUUGAAACUCGAAUGGAACACAAAAUCAAAGAUCCAAAUCAAAAAGAUGUUUUGGAGGCAGUUGCAGAUAAAGAAUUCGAACGAAUCGAUGGUGAGGUUCGAUCAGAUCACAACAGUGUGUUAGAGAUCUCUGAUGACAACAAACAAGGUGGGAUGGAUGAAGAUUAUGAUGCAACUGAUUCUCAUGAAUCCAGUGGAGAUGAAAGCGAGGAGUGAGGACUCAAGAAAUUGACUUGAGUCUAUCGUUUAUAACGAUUGUUUGAAUAGCACCUUGGGAGGGUUCAGUAUGGAAAAUUUGUGCUGAAAAUUGCAGGCAGCAGUUGAUUUUUGGAACAAUGUUAAAUUUGUCAUCUCUCUCUCUCUCUCUCUCUCCAAAUUUAGAAGAUGUUUUUAUUGCCUCAUGCUUAAAAAGGUAAAAUUUAUUGUGAGGUGGAACUCAGGUUUUAUUCUUUUGGUUAAUUAGUUAGUGUCAUGUUUCACUAACAUCUUGUUUCAAAUAGUACAUGGUUCAUGGUCCUUUAACUGCCAUAAUUUUUCUAGCUGUCAACACAAAAUUGUAGUCGGGAAGGCACUUUCUCUUCUGGCUAUAAUUUUUAGCCGGAAGGCGCGUCUCCUUUUAGUUAUAGCUGACAAGGGAGAGCAAAAAUAUUUGAUGUGUUUCUGAAUUUAGUCUUUGAUGAUGAUAUCUUGGAUUUUUUUUAUUUUUUUUAUAAUCUUGCUUGAUUUCUUGA